AUGCAGUACAGCUUUGUCUCCGCUUCCGCCGCAGCUACGACUGUUCCCAGCGGUGUUGACCCUCGCAGUGGCUCCAUCUGGGUCACUCCCCACGACCGCUACUCGUCCUCAAUUGGUGUUCUCGGUUGCAAGAUCAACACGAACCGCGUCGCGUACUGGCCGUCACCGGUGUCUUGCGAUAAGCUCUGCGUUAAGGUAACAGCUAACGAUCGCUCGGUCACCCUGUUGAAGGUCGACCAAUCUGGCGGCGCUUACGACGUCUCAUACGACGCUUGGAACUACCUCGUAACCGGCCAGAGUGCCCGUGAAAACCCGGCGUACGGGGCUGGGAUCGUGGCCACCUGGGAGGACGUCGACAUGUCUCAAUGCUCAGAUCUGCUCGCUGGUGCAGGAGGCAAGCUACCACUGACAGCGGCCAACAGCAUGAACUACGUCUUCAACUGCGGCGCUGAUACAUGGGCUGCCAAGAACUACGCUCUAUACAACAUCGUCGAUUCUGUUUGCACGUUGGGAUAUGACGAGCUCUGUGUUCUGCCGCCGCCUUCGAUCAGCAACCAGCCUUCGUGCCCCAACACCCUCGGUGCGCCAGUACAUCUGAAUGGUAAGAGUGUCAUCAACAUCGACUACGGCACAGGUCAUCAGUCGUCUCCUGCAGACCCUGUGCCAAGCCUAUCAAUUUCUGUCCUCCCAUAA